UUAAAAAACGCCGAGGACGGCCUGGGCGAGGCGGGCUAUUUGAACCAAAGGUGAAAUCGCUGGCUGUCGAGCGCCGGUGGCCCUGACACACGCUGUCUGCCGACUCUGCGCGGUUCUCGUUGCCGGCUGUGGCCUAAGAACCCGCCAUGGGCCCGCGCCGCAAGCGGGAGACCCCGAGGAGGCGCAGCGCCACCCCGGCCCCGGGGCCCUCAGGCACUCCCCGUCGUCAGCUCCAUAGGCGGAGAAAUGUCUGGCUUAAGGAAGUCCGGAAGCUGCAGAAGAGCACAGAUCUUUUGUUAAGGAAAAGGCCUUUCAGCCUCCUGGUAAGAGAAAUAUGUGCUAAAUUCAGUCGUGGUGUAGACUUUUAUUGGCAAGCCCAGGCCUUGUUAGCCCUUCAAGAGGCAGCAGAAGCAUUUCUAGUUCACCUCUUUGAGGACGCCUAUCUCCUCUCCUUACAUGCUGGCCGAGUCACUCUGUUCCCCAAAGAUGUGCAGCUGGCCAGAAGGAUCCGAGGCAUCCAGGAAGGACUCGGUUGAGUUCCCAGCAGUGUCUCUGGAUGAUACCUGGGAUCUUCUGGAGCCACUGACUAGAUGUCUGAGGACCGGACUUUGCUGACUCUGAACAGCUUGUACAUGUUGCCCUUUUAAUCUUCUUUAUAAAAGAGAAGACUGUGUCUUUCCUCUGUACAGAGGUAUUAGAGAGACAAGCAACACAGUUCCACAAGCCUGAGAAUAUUUGCAGAACAAAGGUCGACUUUAGUUUGUGAAUUACUCCUACAUAUAACUAUUUAAAAGUUUUGAAUACAUCAGUUUGCCAUGUUAUAAGAAGAUGUUGUUAUUUUGGUCUUUCUGUACUAUGUGCAUCUUUUACCAUAUGUGUAUUUGUACUUUUAUAUGAAGUAUAAGGAAGAAAAUCAGGAACAUCUCAAUCAGUUUCGUGGAAGGGCAUGGUAGUCCCAGCAUACAAAUGUCUACAUUACAGAUUAAUCUCGUCACUAGUGCCUGUCAACAAACGUACAUUAAACUUAAUUGGAAUUAAAUAUAAAAUCUUUUCAAAACUUAAUUGGAAUUAAAUAUAAAAUCCUCUUUUCUUCCCUUCGAUGCUGGGGCUUGAAUCCAGAGUUUUGUACAUACUAAGCAUGGGCUAUGCUAUGGAGCUGUAUCCUUCCCCCACCCCCACUCCAAAAUAGAAAGUCUUUCUGGUUCCUUUUAGUAGAUUUCUAUCUGAAUCGUUCAGAAAUUCUAACUCUUGGAAUUGAACAUCUUAGUCUUCUCUGUACAUCAUAUAAAAUGUGUCAUAUCAGUCCAGGAUUUUAAAGUACAUUUUCAAUGUUUUUACAGGUAUUUCUUUUUAGCUUACUGGAGGAGAAAAAUAAAUAAUUCCUUAAUGAAAAAAUUAAAGUGAAGUUACUGUUGUGUCAAUAGAGCGUGUAUUUUUGUAUGUUAAUAUUAAGAUCCCAUUUGCAUACUAUUUGUAAGCAGCCACAGUGUAAACUAAGGAAUUGAGGGACGGAGGUGGAUUGCUGCUGAAGGAGUAGAGAUGAGCACCAGAAGUCCUACCCUUCUGUUGUAAAUGAAAGCACUGUAA